UGUUGUUAGGAUAUUAUAUUCACAGGGAGUCCCCAAGGUUAACCUUUCACAUGUGUCAACAACGGCGACAGUGAGAUAUCGAGACACCGCUGCAAGAAAGGCUUUGCGGAAUACUUUACGCUGUGGUUGCGUUGUUUGUAAGAUUUCAGCUUUCGCUGCAUAGCUUCGCUCACGAUGACCGGUCUAUCUGUGGACGAGAUGCUGGAGCGGAUUGGGAGCCUGGGGCGAUAUCAGAUUCAGCUGAUUUUGGUGUUUAGUUACAUGGAAUGGAUAAAUAUCGGCUUCCAAGUCAUGCUGCUCACCUUUGUCGCUGCGGAACCCCCCUGGCACUGUGUGGCGAAUAGCAGCGUCUGUCAGAUACCUGGGGAGCUCAAACCGGGGGAUGCCAACUAUAGCUUGAGGUGCAAUAUGUCACGGAGUGAAUGGCAGUUUGGGGAUCAGUUCACAUCUGUUGUCACCGAGUUUGACCUCGUGUGUGACAACACGGUUCUCGCUAGCGUCUCUUCAUCGGUAGUGUUCGUGGGAUGGUUGGCUGCGUCUCUAGUGUCCGGGGUUCUUUCCGACAAGAUCGGACGCAAACCUGUGUUGUUUGUGUUUGUCUUUGCUUGCGCCUUGUUUGGGUUGAUCGGGGCCUUCCCAAAUGUGUACUGGUUCUUCACCGUUUGUCGAUUCAUGGCUGGUGUUGGAAUUGGUGGAUGUGGUAUGCCUUUGUUCGUUCUUGCGACGGAGUUUGUCGGGGUUAAACACAGACACGUGGCGGGCACCUCCCUGUGGUACUCAUGGACGCUGUCCCUCAUGUCUUUGUCGGGAAUCGCGUACCUAGUGCGAGACUGGAGAACGCUAUCCAUCAUUUGCGCCGCCCCUGGGAUCCCUGUGUUGCUAGCUUGGUGGCUUGUCCCGGAGUCUGCUCGCUAUCUCAUCCUGAAAGGAAAGAUGAUGGAAACAGAGAAAAUCAUGCGGAAAAUAGCUCACACCAAUCGUAAACCAUACCCGGGGGAAGCGCUUUCCGACCCAACGGCACAAGGUGAACAGAAAAUGGGCGACGUAAGGGAUCUGUUCCGAACCAAGCGGAUGGCACAUCGAACUAUUGUCUCUUGGUAUUCGUGGUUUGUAAACGCGUUGGUUUAUUAUGGCGUCUCAUUUGCAUCGCCAUCCUUGGGUGGGAACAUGUACUUCAACUUCUUUUUGACAAGUGUCAUCGAAAUCCCUGCAAACUACGCAGCUAUUUACUCCAUGGGGAAGUUUGGUCGCAAGAAGCCCCUGGUGAUUGGCCUGAUUGUUGCGGCGUUUGCAUCUAUCGGUGCUGUACUUCUUACCAUUUAUGAUCCUGGCAGCGACAGCGGCUACCAAGCUGGUAGAAUCGUCAUGGCGAUGACCGCUAAGUUUUUCGUCAUGGUCUCGUUUGAUGCUAUCUAUGUGUACGCGGCAGAGCUCUUCCCGACUGUUAUCAGGAACAUUGGUAUGGGGACAUCUACAGCAGCGGCAAGACUGGGAUCCUUUUCAGCUCCCUAUGUGGUCAAUCUUAACCGCAUCCAUCCCCUCCUUCCCUUUGGUAUAAUGGCAGUCAAGGCUCUACUUGCUGGCAUCCUAUGCAUGACUCUACCGGAGACGAAGGGCAUGGCCACUGCAGAAACCAUGGACAUAGACGGGGAAGUAGUCGCCAACAAUGCGGUCGUCCCAAUGAAGGACGCGGAAGACGCAGGCGCGCGCGCGUCUCUACCCGACGGGGUGAUCGGGAAUAAGAUGGUGGAGGAACCGAUAAACAACGUCUCCCUUUAUGCGAGCAGGGACAACUUAGCGGACGGCAAGGAGACGGAUAAAGAGAUAGGCAUCGUCAACACCGCCUUCUAGCUGUACAUCUCAAAGGUAAUAGAAGCUGUUCUUAUAGGAAUUUUACUUAGUGAAUUGAGUAAAUAUAAACAAAGCUAUAAUCAAAUUGAAGGAAGUAGACACUUGUAUAGUCAUUGAAAUUUGUAUAUUUGUACGCGCAGUCCGAUUAUUAGAAAUUUAUGAUGGUACUACUACACAAUGGUAAUUUUCCAAUAAAAAGUAUAAAGAAUA